CGCGCGAGCCCGCCCGGCGGCCGUUGUGCCGGCGGUUCCGCCUUAGGGUGCCGGGUCCGAGGAAGCGACGGCGGCGUCCGCCGAGAGCCGGGACCUGUGAGUGCGGGCAAGCGUCCAGGGCUGCGAUCUCGUUUGUGAUGGAGGGAAGCCGGCAGACGCGAGUGUCUCGGCCGUACAAGAUCAGCGAGUCCUCAAAGGUGUACCGCUGGGCCGAGCACGCCGGCACGGUGCUGCAGCGGCUGAACGAGCAGCGCCUGCGCGGCCUCUUCUGCGACGUGGUCCUGGUGGCCGACGAGCAGCGCCUGCCGGCCCACCGCAACCUGCUGGCCGUGUGCAGCGACUACUUCAACUCCAUGUUCACCCUGGGCAUGCGCGAGGCCUUCCAGAAGGAGGUGGAGCUGAUCGGCGCCUCUUACAUCGGGCUCAAGGCCGUGGUGGACUUCCUGUACGGCGGGGAGCUGGUGCUGGACGGCGGCAACAUCGACUACGUGCUGGAGACGGCCCACCUGCUGCAGAUCUGGACUGCAGUGGACUUCUGCUGCGAGUACCUGGAGCAGGAGGUGAGCGAGGACAACUACCUGUACCUGCAGGAGCUGGCCUCCAUCUACAGCCUCAAGCGGCUGGACGCCUUCAUCGACGGCUUCAUCCUCAGCCGCUUCGGCACGCUGUCCUUCACGCCCGACUUCCUGCAGAACAUCUCCAUGCAGAAGCUGUGCGCCUACCUGGGCAGCAGUGAGGUGCAGCGGGAGUGUGAGCACGACCUGCUGCAGGCCGCCCUGCAGUGGCUGACUCAGCAGCCUGAGCGCGAGGCCCACGCCUACCAGGUGCUGGAGAACAUCCACUUCCCACUCAUCCCCAAGAACGACCUGCUGCACCGCGUCAAGCCCGCCGUGUGCUCACUGCUGCCGCGCGAGGCCAACUGCGAGGGCUUCAUCGAGGAGGCCGUGCGCUACCACAACAACCUGGCGGCCCAGCCCGUCAUGCAGACCAAGCGCACGGCCCUCCGCACCACCCAGGAGUGCCUGCUCUUCGUGGGCGGCGAGGUCUCCGAGCGGUGUCUGGAGCUCAGCGACGACACCUGCUACCUGGAUGCCCAGAGCGAGCAGUGGGUCAAGGAGACGCCCCUGCCGGCCCGGCGGAGCCACCACUGCGUUGCCGUGCUGGGGGGGUUCAUCUUCAUCGCCGGCGGCAGCUUCUCACGGGACAACGGAGGGGAUGCAGCCUCCAAUCUCCUUUAUAGGUAUGACCCCCGCUGUAAACAGUGGAUCAAGGUGGCCUCCAUGAACCAGCGCCGCGUGGAUUUCUACCUGGCCUCCAUCGAGGACAUGCUGGUGGCCGUCGGCGGUCGAAAUGAGAACGGCGCACUCUCCUCGGUGGAGACCUACAGCCCCAAGACCGACUCCUGGUCUUACGUGGCCGGCCUGCCAAGGUUCACCUACGGCCAUGCAGGCACUAUCUACAAGGACUUUGUGUACAUCUCGGGGGGCCACGACUACCAGAUCGGCCCCUACCGCAAGAACCUGCUGUGCUACGACCACCGGACGGAUGUGUGGGAGGAGCGGCGGCCCAUGAGCACGGCGCGCGGCUGGCACAGCAUGUGCAGCCUGGGGGACAGCAUCUACUCCAUCGGCGGCAGCGACGACAGCCUGGAGUCCAUGGAGCGCUUCGACGUGCUGGGCGUGGAGGCCUACAGCCCGCAGUGCAACCAGUGGACGCGCGUGGCGCCCCUGCUGCACGCCAACAGCGAGUCGGGCGUGGCCGUGUGGGAGGGCCGCAUCUACAUCCUGGGGGGCUACAGCUGGGAGAACACGGCCUUCUCCAAGACUGUGCAGGUCUACGACCGCGACAAGGACAAGUGGAGCGAGGGCACUGAGCUGCCCAAGGCCAUCGCCGGCGUGUCGGCCUGCGUGUGUGCCCUGAAGCCGCGGCUGGAGGACAAGAAGAGGAAGGGCAAGGGCAAGAGGCCCCAGGACCGCGGCCAGUGACCCCCGGCCUGCCGGCAGACCCGCAGCCACCCGGGAGAACCCGGCACCAUUAUGUACGACUUAGCAGCUUUUUUUUUUUUUACUUUUAUGAUUCUUGGUAUUUCUAUGGUAUCACAGUAACCAAUUAAAUAUUCUAUAUGACUUGA